CACUGAGUAAAAAAUAAAGUAAUGUUUAGAGAGAGAAAGAAGAAUAUUUUUUGGUUCAAGGCCCACAAAUACAUGUAAUCAUCAAAAUCAUGAGAUAGAGAGAGAGAGUGAGGAGGAGAAAGGGUAAAGUGAAGAUAAAGGAAUCGGGAGAGACAACCCAUUUGAUGCAUCUCUUUCUCUUCCUUUCUUGUGUUUUGGCUUUACUCUUCUUUUGAAAUUCCAAUGUCUUUUUUGAUUAUGAUUUUAGGUUAAAGCUUGUUUCUUUGAUUCUUCAACACUAUUAUUACCUUCAAAUCAUUCUACACAGCUUGCUCCAUCUUUUUAGAUAUUUUUGAGAGAUUCAUAGAUUUUCCGAUUUCUAGGGUUUUCUACAAAUUGACUCAAUUCCUCUCUGUUUGUAUCUGUAUCUUAGAUUGUAGAUUUCUGGGUCCCUUUCUUGUUGUUUCUCUUUCCGUUAAUGGUGUGAAAGCUUUCAGCUUUCUCUCUCUCUCACUCUCUCUGCUGUAUCAACAAUGGCUGAGAUCAAGAUUGCAAAAGUAGAACAAGGGCAAACCAAGAUUAGGAAUGUUCCAGUAGCUGUAACUCCUGAAGGUUUCUGGUGUUGUCCUUCUCCUGUAGCUUUUCAAAAGACUAUCAAAUCUCACAACUCUCUCAACAAACACAAACAAUCAUCUCCUCCUCCUCCUCCACUUCCUAAACCCAGACAGACGGAGAAGGAGAAGAAACCUUCGUCGACAACUAUUAGAUCCGUCAUCGCUUCCGACGAGCAACAACAGAAUUCGGCUAAUUCCGAGACCCAUCACAGUAUUGCUGUUCCGGCGAUGAUUCAAGAGAGACCACAUAGGCAAAAGGUGGAGACUUUGCCGAGAAAAGUGGCGAUUGAGUUCGGUGAACCAGGAAGUAGCGAUGCUAAAGUGAUUUUGGUAGGGAAGCAAGGUUUUUGUGUGAAGCUAAGUGUUCACAAGAAAGUCUUGGUGGAUCAUAGCAGUUUCUUUGCGAAGAAACUCGCUGAGAAAGAUUCGGUUUUUGCUUGUCUUGAGAUUGAGAGCUGUGAAGAUGCAGAGAUUUACGUUGAGACCAUUGGGAUUAUGUAUUGUAAAGAUAUGAAGCAACGGCUAAUGAAACAGAAUGUAAGCAGAGUCCUUCGUGUCCUCAAGGUUGCAGAGUUUCUUGGUUUCAGCUCAUGUAUUCAAUCUUGUUUGGAUUACUUAGAAGCUGUACCAUGGGUUGGUGAAGAAGAAGAGGAGAAAGUGAUCUCAUCGAUUCUUAGAUUAAAAACCGAAGGAGUUGGUGUCACCACUCCUGUUCUCAAAAGAGUUGCUUCCAGUGCUGUGGAUCCACCAAAAGAGACGCUCUCGCGCAUCAUCGAGCUUGUUUUGAGAAGCAAAGAGGAAAAAAGUCGCCGUGAGAUGAAAUCUAUUGUCCUGAAGCUUCUCAGGGAACAGAAUCGGAACAAUGUAGCUGAUAACUUCAACGAAACGAUCUAUACCUCUUGCCAAAACUGCUUAGACUCGGUUCUGUCUCUGUUUAAACAAGCCUCAGAGGGAGAAAACCCUGAAACAGAUACCAAACAGAUAGCUGUAGAAGCUGAUAACCUCACGUGGCUGCUCGAUGUAUUAGCUGAACGACAAGCUGCAGAGGAUUUCUCCAUAACAUGGGCAAACCAAAAGGAGCUCGCUUUGUUACACGAGAAGCUUCCUUUGAUGUCUCGUUACCACAUAAGCCGUGUGACAUCUAGGCUCUUCGUAGGGAUCGGGAGAGGAGAGUUGUUGCCUUCGAAAGACACUCGGCUUCUGCUUUUAAGCACAUGGUUGCAGCCAUUGUUCAAGGACUAUAACUGGCUCCAACACGGUUGCAGAUCGUUUGAUGGUACACUUGUGGAGGAAGGAAUUGGACGGACGAUACUGACAUUGCCGUUGGAAGAUCAGCAGAGCAUUUUGUUGUUGUGGCUUGGGAGUUUUCUUAAUGGAGGCGAUGGAUGUCCGAAUCUUCAGAGAGCUUUCGAGGUUUGGUGGAGACGAUCCUUUGUUAGACCUUACUCAGAUCGUCAGGCUAAUAAUGGUUUGUGUCAGACAGAUUCGACUUCAAAAGAGUGAUUUUAUAUUGAAAAAAAAAAGCCGAGUAAUCUUUGUUAGGCUUGUACAGUGAAUAGUAGUAAUGUAGCUAUGGAAUGUGUUGGUUUGCUGAUCUUGAUUUCCGCUUUGGUUGCUUGUUUUGGUUUAGCUCGUACCAUGGCUUUAGUGGUCGAUAUUUUUUUUUGAUGUUUUGUAUUUUUCCAUGUUUCAUGAUGCUUGCUGGAGGAUGUAUAUUUCUGAUUCGAUUUUUAUUAUACCAGUUUUAAUGUUGUGGUUUU